UUCAGUAACCGUGCGACCGUCGGUCAACUCGCGUCGAAUAUUCUCUUUCGUAACGGCGCGAUUCAUGUUCAGUUAUAUAUCAAGUUCCGGUAGUUAUCGUGAUACUUUACAGAGAGAGAGAGAGAGAGAGAGAGAGAGAGAGAGAGAGAGAGAGAAAUCCAUUAUUUCACACAAUCGCACUUGCAAACAUAUCCGGUGUUAAAAUCGGAAUCGGAAUCAUUGUGGGAAACGAGGUACGUUGUAUAAAUGCGGCAUUUAAAACUCAUUAAACUGACAUCCGUCGCGUCCGUCAUUGAGGGAAAUGAAUUUAUAUAUCUAAAAUAUAAAAUCUCGCGAGCACACAUGUAGAAGGAAACUCAUCGUAACAAGCCGCUCUCCCUUUUAGCCGGUUCAGAAAUGCUCGUUCAUUAUUGUUUUACAUGCACACAACCGUUCGCAGCCAUUAACAUACGGAAUAAUAAGCGCGUUAUCGCUGCCGGAGAAUGACAUAUUUAUUAAGCGAAACGGAGGAAUAGCGAGGAGGCUUCAAAACGUAUUGACUUUACAAUACUAAAGAAUGACAGUGCGGUUUUCACUCGGGCUCGUAAUCUCUUCGUGUCGAUAGGCAUUCUCGGGCUGACAGACAAGAAAGAAGAUUAUUACGCGCAGUAGGAAAACGCUCUUGAAUGCAUCUUGCGCGCAUGGGUGUCGCAACUUCGACAGCGAUAAAAUUCGAUAGUCGUGUUCGGGCCGUUGGAUGUGCGUGCACGCACGAAGAAACGAGUUGAGUGAAGAUCGUCUCGAAAAACAUCGAUACGAAAACGAGAAAGAAACGAGAACGACGGCGGACACCGGCGCGGCGGCGUGACGAUUCGAAACGUGAUGGUCAUCGAUGUCAUCGACUCAUUAAUCGAGGCCGCAUUCAGCAUUCAACACAAUGGAGAUACGCGUGCGCUAUUUGUACUCCAUAAUGCUGUGCAUCGCGAACAUGAUCAUUUACGGUCUGAAAGUGAACAUCGCGGUGGCCAUCAUCGGCAUGGUAAAAAGGAAGCCGGGCGUGCAAGACUGGUCGGACGAAUGUCCGGAGUUCGAAAUUCCGGGCGCACCUACUGCCGAUAUUGACGGACCGUUCGACUGGACCACGAGAGAGCAGGGUCUCGUCGUUAGUAUAUAUUUUGCCGGAUAUCUCAUCGGCAUGUUUCCGUCCGGAUAUUUAGCAGAUCGAUUCAAUACCAAGAACGUGCUGUUGAUCUGCGUGCUGGCGAACGGAAUCUUAACGGUGCUGGUGCCGAUUACAGCGUCGUCGUUAUACGUUCUGUACAUCGUGAGAUUUUUGACCGGUCUUAUGAGCGCGGCGAAUUUGCCGAUAGUGAACAUUAUUGUCGGCAAAUGGGUCGUGUACGAGGAGAAGAGCACGUGGAUUGCCAUCAUUUACGCCGGUACGUCGCUCGGCACCGUGUUAUCCAUUCUUACGUCGGGACAAAUCCUAUACUAUUUGGGCUGGGAGGCUAUCUUUUACAUUCACGGCACGUUGCCGUUCAUCUGGUGCGUCGUGUACUUUAUAUUUUUCGCCGACUCGCCGGAAGAUCAGAAGUUCAUCUCGGAACAGGAGAGAACGCUGAUCGUUACGUCGUACGGUCACCGUCCGCCCAUAUCCUCAAAAAUGGCCGUGCCGUGGAAGAGCAUGUUGACGUCGAAGCCGUUUCUGGCUCUGAUCGUUACCAAUUGCUUGGGCAACUUUUGCUGGUACUUCUUGCUCACCCAGUUGCCGCUUUACAUGAACAAGAUAUUGCGUUACGACAUCCAAUCGAAUGUUGCUAUUGUUUGCGCGCCGUAUUUCGUGAACGCGUUCACCAAUACUUUACUCGGAAGAACCUUAGAUUGGGGACGGAAAAAGGGAUACUGGUCUCAAACCGGUGCUCGCAAAAUUGCGGUAUUUAUAAGUCAAGUACCAUCUAGCGUAUUCCUACUUGUAAUCGCAUACAUUGGUUGCGAUCGUGUGACGUCGACCGUGUUGCUGACUAUCAGCAUAGUAGUCAGCGGUGCUAUAUUCGUCGGUCACCUUUGCAAUCAGAACGAUCUCGCCCCGAAUUACGCGGGAAUUCUCAUGGGCAUUACAAAUACCCCGGGCACUAUUUCUGCCUUUAUCUUGCCACCGAUAGUCGGCGCUCUCGUAGCCGAAGGACACACUAUAGAGCGGUGGAGAGUCGUGUUCUGGAUCGUUAUCGUCUCCAACAUCCUCGCUUUCGUGACAUUCGCGAUGUUCGGAUCGGGUAAAAUUCAAUCGUGGAAUUAUCCGAUGCAGGAAGAAACCUGGGACGCCGAGGAGCAACAGCCGCGGGAACAGCAACAAGAAACGAAGACUUAAAGCGACUUGAGGAGACUGGCUUUGCGCGCCGGUCUUGUUUAAAAAAAAAUUUGAGACAAAUUGCGCGAGUACCGUCGUGCCGUAACAAUAUGUCACGGAAAAAUCGCAUACGUCAGAAAAACCGCGCCAGUUUCUCGACAUUAUAAAUUUCUUUAUAUUUUGCACAAAUCGUAUACCUUGAUGUCACAUUGCCGGUCAUUUUUGAUGGAUUUAUACAGAAAUUAAUUUAAGAACGUGUGAUAUCUAAUUAUCAGUUUAUGUUUUAAACAUUUACAAUGUAAAAAAAGUUUUAACAUUUAUAUGUGCUGAUAAUAUCUUGCAAGUGUAUUUCAAAAGAUCGGUCUGUGUUGGAAAAUAUUACUUGCAAAAUAUUACCGGCGUCAGUUGUCUUAUACGGACAGCAAUUUUUACUGGAUGCAACUUUAGAUCUGGAUUUUUAUAUAUGCGAGGGAGAGAAAGUGUAAUACCCUUUAUUAUAUUCAUUUGUACGCUUACUUACACUUUUAUGUAUCGCUUUACUAAGACAAUUUUUUCUCUUAUAUUUGUAAACAAUAAAAUUUUAAAAACAUUACAA